AUGUUUCGUCCAGGUAUCAAAUUCAAACAGCUGACCUUGUCUUUAAUAGCAAGAAGGUUAAAGUCUUCAGGACAUCAUCAGCCUUUGAAGUCUAGUUUUGUUCCUUCACCAAUUGUCUUUGUUGCUGGAUUGGCAGUGGCUGCAGUUGGUGGAUAUUACUGUCUAGACUCAAGAUCAGCUAUUCAUGAAUAUGUUUUGUGCCCAUUAAUCCGAACUUUCACAGAUGCUGAACUGGGGCAUAAAUUGGGAAUUUUUUUUAUGAAGUAUGGAUUAUCUCCAAGAUUAUUGGACGAUGGUAAAAAUGACCAAAGUGAUGUUCUAGGUGUUCAGGUAUUCGGCCAUAAGUUGAAGAAUCCAAUAGGUUUAGCUGCUGGUUUAGACAAAGAUGGUGAAGCCAUUGAAUCUUUAUUUAAUUGUGGGUUUUCUUACGUUGAAAUCGGUUCUAUAACUCCUGAACCUCAACCAGGGAAUCCCCAACCUAGAUUUUUUAGAUUACCAAAAGAUGAUGCUGUUAUUAACAGGUACGGUUUCAAUUCAAGUGGCCAUUUCAAUGUUUUGGCAACAUUGAAAUUGAGGUUUAAUAAAUUAUUGAAUAAAUUUGGAACUUCUCAUUCUUCUGAGCAACAUCCAUUUUCGAAUGCAUUUCAACAGGGCAAAUUGUUAGGUAUCAAUUUGGGGAAAAACAAAUUUGGCGAUGAAAUCAAUGAUUACGUGAAAGGUGUCGAAAGAUUGGGUCCUUAUGCCGAUGUUUUGGUUAUCAACGUAUCAUCUCCAAACACCCCAGGAUUAAGAGAUUUGCAAAACGAAGCCAAAUUAACUAAUUUAUUGACAACUGUCGUCAAAGAAAGAGACGUGUUAGGCAAAAACUUGUUAGGAAACAAACCUCCUAUUUUGGUGAAAGUUGCUCCAGAUUUGACUGAACCGGAAAUUGAAUCUAUUGCUAAUUCUGCCAAGGAAGCCAAGGUUGAUGGUAUCAUUAUUUCCAAUACCACAAUUCAAAGACCUGUUGAUAGAUUGUUGACAACUGACAAGCAAUUGAUCAACCAAGCUGGAGGCUUAUCUGGGAAGCCAUUAAAACCAUUGUCCUUAAAGGCAUUGCGAACCUUGAGAAAAUACACCAAAGACUCUGAUUUGGUGUUGAUUGGUUGUGGUGGUAUUUCAAAUGGUAAGGAUGCCUUAGAAUUUGGUAAGGCCGGGGCUACAUUUAUUGAAUUGUAUACUGCUUUUGCUUAUAAAGGUCCAGGUUUAGUAGGUAAGAUAAGAGAUGAGUUGGCCGAAGAAUUGAGAAAAGAAGGAAAAACUUGGGAGCAAAUAAUUGGUUCCGACGAUAAAUGA